AUGACACCGGUUGGUGGUAUAGAUAGGAACCAUUCCGGUCCUACCCGGAAAAAACAGGUAGCUCGAGAUUCUCUAUGUGCUCUACUUUGCGAUGAUGCUUCCUUGCAGAAAUCAGCUGCACUUACUCUAUCACGUGCGUCAGCUACCGAUAACGUGUCGCUGGAGGUAUUGUUGAGUCUCGUACGUGGAGAGCCGCCAAACUGUAUGCCAUCGUUCAGUAUAUCCAAGUCGAUCUUUCUUCCUAAAGAUAGCUGGAUCGAGAGUACAAAGAAACUGCCAGCGGCAGACACUGAGAUUGGUGUCAAUACCCUAAGGGAAUGUCUCCAGGGUCCGGAAGCAUGGGAGCGUGCACGAGUUGUAGCGCUAAAAGCGCUGCUCGUUACAUACAAUAAUGAGAAACGCCAGGUAGAUGAUAUCCUACCGCACGUGUUGGUGGGACUGAAGGCUGAUUCGGAGAAAAAGCUCAGUUACUCCAAGGAAGUAUCUCUAGCGUUGGCAAUAGCAUUUGCCGAAGCAAUACCGGACAGCGACAGUUUUGAAUAUGCCGUGCUAAAAAUGUCCCUUGUCAAUGAAGAUAUUAAGAUUCCAGUAUUACGCGCCAUUAUUGUACGUGCUCUAGGUGAAUUAACAUUGCUACCACGUCUAAGUCACCUUUUGCAUCGUAUGCUUGACUGUGACAGUAGCACUCCGGUUUUCGACGAACUACUUUACGCUCCACGGAUGCCAAAGCUGGCGGCUUUCGCAAUAGUACACUUCUGUUGUCUGAACCGUCAAUGCCUUGAGAACGCUGUACCGUACGCAUUGCAGGUUAUCGAUUGGCAUGCAGGCGAUCGAUCGGAUUUGCGUCUACUUUUUUUAGUCGCCCUUGCUGUACGUUUGGAAGGUAUAGAUACUACAAAAGGAAUUCGUGGAUGUAUAAAUUUUAUGCAAACGAAACUCGAGAGCAAUAUAAAUGGAGGAUACGCCGAUGACUUUGCCGAUGCAAUUCGAACUCGUCCCAAUGUGAUUCGAGUAAUUGUAGAUGCACUUGUGACUACGGGCUUCAGGGCAAAUAGAGAUGUAAAGCCACUCUACGAGCUUGUGAAAUUGUUGAAAACCAUAAUGGAUUUGAUGGUCCCUGCAACCUUAGCUGCAGCUGCGGAUAAUACGCUAACCACAUCUAUCAUGGAUGUCGCAAGUCUACUCAAGGUUCGCGCAUUAGCAGUGCACCUUACCAACUGUGGAAUAGCUAUUGAAAACGAUCGACGUCUAGAAAAUUUGCUUGAAACAUUGACGGUCGCCCUCUCUAACAAACGCAUCGAGGAGUAUGUCUCUAAGUUCGACAGUUGUGAGCCCUUCGUACUCCAUGAGUCUCAUAUAUGGGAUGACAUAGCAGCAUUAUCACGAGACUACAUGGAUAUAGGGCUGUGUAAGGCGUUACAAUCUCGUAUCAAGUCGGCCACGGAUAUUGUGUGGGCGUUCAACACGCUGCAGAGGUUAUACGUCGGCAUUGUGAUCUUGGGUAACACUGAUUUGAUGACGUCGUUACCUGAUCUUCACGGCAAUGUCUUACUUUUAAAGGAGAAAUUUUGCAUUCGAGAUGCGCUAAAUGUCGCUCUAGCUAUUUUAACCAUGAAUUUGAGUCUCCAUUCUUCGGCGCAUGCCUAUAUCGAUUCCAUGGCUGCGCGUAGCACUGAGCAGGCAUUGUUUUUCGUAUCGUCACUUCUGGAGUCGACACUAUUGAUAAUAGGUCGCCUGAAACUCUGUCCAAAAGUGGGAUUCGAAUUACUUGAUAUGAACUUGGUUAUUUUUGCUAGGCUAUCGAGGCACCGACUCUCAUUGCCUAUUAUCUUCACUGCACUCAAGCAUAUAUUUGGCCACCCCGAGUCUAAAAGGGCUCAGGAUGCGGUAGAAGGAUUUCAUCAAUUCGAAGCGCGGUGGCGAUGCCUGUUGCUUCGUGACAGCGAUGUUCCAACUGGCAAGAUCGCAGCCAUUCCCAACGCUAAUAGAAUGCAAGCCAUGUCGCAGCAAGAGAAGGAGGUAUACAUGAAGGUUUUUCGGGCUCUCUGCAAAUAUCGUCCUGAAGACGCUCUGAAACAUGUGAACGAGAAUGGAAUCCUAUUCUACGAUUAUCCGGUGGAUGCUGUUGAAUCCUGCUUGCGCAUGUGCAAGAAUGACGUUAUGGAUUUCGGAGUUGCCUACAGGGUCUACGUUGGACCGAUAUUUAAUGAUAAUUGCACUAACCUCGCGGUAGUGAGUGCUGUGGGACGUUUCUUUUGCGAGUACCUCGAGAGCUUAAUUAAAGACAUCCAGGGGCAAAUCACUGAGGAGGAUAUCGUUGACCUGAACCUCAUCCUGCCCAUGCUUCUCAGAGUGACAGCCCUUAAAGAUGCCAACGGCGCAGUUGCUAUAGCUAAGCUUAUGAAGUCGCCUCUCUGGGCCAAACUAGACGAGCUACGAAAAUGGCACCUGAAUCGAGAAUGUGACUGCUACUCACUACUUGACCGGAUUAGCAAGAAACGUCUUACGUGCACGUAUGCAAAAAUAGACCCAACGAUAUUCGAAUUUGAAUACAGCGCGUUUAUCUGUGCAGACACAGAUGAGGAUAUAAAGGAUAAGGAUUACAUGCAUGGGCAAAGUCUAUUGAUAUCCAGCCUGCUUGACGCAGAGAGUAGCGACACUAGUAGAGCUGAGCUUCUGUCACGUCGUAAUGAACGAGUGCUUAACUUUAACCGUGAGAUACGUAGGGCAACCCGUGAGCUUCUACAAAUUUUAGGAAAUUCAAAACCCACGGUCAGUUCAUUUCGGUGGUUCUUAGAAGAUGACGAAUCCGAACAAAAGGUCCCACGUGUAUCGCCAACCAUGUUGGCUUCAGUAUUUCCGAUUCAUAGUGCUGAAUCCGGAUUAGGAUGCGUGAGGUUAUUCCAUAUAACAGCUCUGUUCCAUCUCUACGGAAAACGAAUCUCUGGCCGAAAGUUUAAUAGCGAUGUAAUUUUUGACAACGCUUUUGGAAAUGUCUCAGCAGUGGGCACUGCUAUUGGAGGGAUAUUUCUUGUAAACGUGGCUCUACUCGUCAAUGCCACCAAUAAACGUAGCGUUGAGCUAGCGGACCACAUGUUACAGUAUCUGAAAGAUAUGUGUGACUCCAUUGAGUCGUUUAAGGGCACUUUGAACACGUUGCGCUGUGAAAGGGGCAUCGUCUAUGCACUAGCGUUAAGUUAUAUGUACAUUCAAAAUUGUGUAAAUACGGACUUCCCACGGGUGGUAUUGGGACUAUUACGCUCUGCGCUACUAAAAUUUGAAGCUUGCAAAGAACUAGCCGAAGCUCUCUUCUUCGUGAUUGGAAGUAUCUAUCGUUAUACCAAUCUACAUUUCAACUUAACAGAAAACAUCAUUAACCUAUUCACCGAAUAUCUCGAUGUGAACCACGAACGCCCCGUCGGUUUAGGUUGGAUGAUAGGACUCAUGAGUUUCGUUGCUGACAUACCACGUGCAUCAAUUGGACUGUUGAGUGCUUUGAUAGAUCGCAUGGUCACUAUGAUAGAAUCGCAGGAUUCACCACUGGCGCAAAGAGCGAGGCUGUGUUUGCCACUUCUGCAGUACUGCGGUAUUAAUAGGUACGACAAAAUUGCUACGUCAGUGGCCCGUGUACUUAUUCAAAUCCAAGGUAUAGCAGCUAAUGACCCAAAUACCCUGCUUCUUCAUGCAUACUGUCAUUUCAUGGGAUUCGAGCCUAGUUUGGUUUCACAUUCAUGUGUCUCACCGGACUCAUCGAACACUAAAGGUGAUUUGGAUAAUGAAGGAGAUGGCACUAGUACAAUAGCUACUGGUAAGGAAUCGAACACUGCCACCGGUAUUUCUAAGGGCUGUAAUCUCCACGGCUGUGACACCAUAAAUAACAAUCCAGGACAACAUCACGACGUGGAGCCCAAUACGGAUGUAACAACUAGCAGUAGCACUGACGAGCUGACUGAGAAAACGGCGAAACUUCACGAAGCCAUUAUGGCAUCCAUCAAAGCGAACGUAGCGGGUAACAACGAAGUUAGGGAUUUGCUACUGUUUGCUUCUUUGCUGGCUCAUGGUUAUGCGUACAUGGUACCAGCGAAUACGGCCUGCUGGAAACGGAUGCUUGACAACAAGGUGGGAUGGUCCUCGUUGUACAAGAACCUCACUACUGCAUUAUCUGCUAUUGCACGGCAAGAAGCAGUAAAGGUCACAAUGGCGGCCGGACCGAGGGUCAGCCGUUACAGUCGAGCCCGAGGUCCUGCGGCACCUCCUAUAGCUGCCGCGAGUUCAACUGUGGAUGGCUUAAAUUCUUGGGGAGAUGAAUCUGCAGUGUUGGUGGCUAUUUUUGUGUUGGAGACUAUAAAGGGUUUCCUUGCCAAGCAUUCUGACCUAGACUGCUAUCGUGAGGAUGGUAUUAUCAAUCAUAUGGUUGGCACUUUGCGAGAGAAUAGGCAUUCAGUGAAACUGUUGAAUGCACUGACACUCUGCAAACCGCUUAAACUUACACUAUGGGACGUUGUGUCGUACGAUGACACUAGGUGCGAUUGUGAACGGGAGAUGGUGACACGUCUCUAUUGCCUUCAUGGAUCAACCAAUCGUCUUUUGCUGGAACGUUUAGUGGAUAUUGCGAAGCAUUUCACAACUUUUGACAGCCAUAUGAAACUGUCAUUUCUCAACUGCCUCCGCCUGUCUGUGUGGAACAUCGACUUCAACAGUCUGAGGGCAAUUCUAUCAUACAUCGUAGGUUUGGAUGAUAUUGAUGUGCUACUGACAAUCGAGACUCUGAUAGAGUCGUGCGCAUAUUUAAUGAAAGGUUCGGACGGAGCUGUUCCAAAUGGUGAAAAGUUUGCUUCCGACGUUUUAUUGAAGCUAUUGCAUCCGGUGACCAUUCAGGUAUUGUCGCGAUCACGUCACGAUAAAGCGGCAAUCUGUCUAUACCGGAAACUCUUUAGACAACUUACCGACGAACGACGUGUUGAUUUGCGGCAAGCCAUCAACAAAAGUGAUAUCGCUGUCAAAUCUUUGCUCUCUGGAGUAUGCGCAAAUGGAGAAGCACCGUUCACCUUUAACGAAUGUUUCGCACAUCUUGUCACUCAGCGGAUCGUUAUGAAGGAUGUGGUUCUCUAUUGUUACGUAAAUAUCCAUCGUCAGAUGGAGGUAAUCCUGCACUGUAUCCACGUGCUGAAUGUAAAUGCCAACACGGAACAAAUCACACUCGUUUUGUUGGCACUAAUGGCGCUUGUGGCCGAGAGGAAUGUGGCAUCGUAUCUGCUAGAACUGCUUUUUGAUGGCAAUAAAAUCAGUGCAACAGAACGAAGUGAAGUGCCACAUGUCGCAACCCUGGGUACCUUUGAGUUCCUGCGAUUCAACCGCGAGGCGAACAUACUGUACUAUGACACCAUAGAUGAGGCUACUCUUUCUAAGAGUGCCAAUAUGACAGCUCCAGCGCCAGGUAUGUGGAAGGACUGUGGAUUGGAGUCCACCGCGCUGGGGAAACUGUUACCGAUGGCGCAUGGCAGAUGUGUUCCUAGCUGGUUGCCAAAACUCGGCGACGUAGCCCUAGACCGCAGGAGACAGUCCAUGCUUCCAAUAUCGCUGCCACCACGCCAAUUUGCCGUUAAUGUUAGCGAUGAGGGUGCCCGUCAUCUUCUGGUGGAAAAUGCCAUGGUCAUCAUGGCAUCGUAUAAGGCAUUCUUACUAGACAGCCCGCUGGAACAACCAGGACUGCACGAUGUGAUGACAUUUCUUAAUUCACGUCUGGUGUAG